AGAUCUCCGGGCCGGGCAUCGUAGCCGUGGAGGGAAUUUUGAGCAUUGGGCAAUUUUUGUGCUUGUCGGCUGGCCAGCAAGGUCCCUCCCCUCCACCCAAUUGUUUACUUUCGAUAUCGCGAUCGCGACUUGACUCGUCCUACACAUUGCAAUGGCUGGACCACGAGUUCUCGCGGCCAAUGUCAUGCGGGUCGUGCCUCGCAUUGGGGCUCGCUCCCAUGUGAGGGCCUCUGCCACGGCUUCGCUUUUGCGACUCAGCGCACAAGCUGGAGGCAGACUGAGCUUGACCAGAGCUCCCAGCCAUUGUCUCCGAGUAGCAUCUUAUUCCUCCUCUGCAGGUGGUGCUGCUAGCUCCCCUCCCCCACCUUCGACCCCGAACAGCUCGCGACCGGCCACCAUCGAGGUCAAUGGCAAGACCUACACCACCGACGAAUGGUACAACGUCCCCCAGACCGUCCUCGCUCUCACCGGCCGCAAGCUUCAUCUCCAGAAAGACCACCCCGUUGCCAUCACCCGCCAGAUCAUUGAGUCCAAGUUCCCGACAGCUACCUACAAGCGCUACAAUGAGUUCGACCCCGUCGUCAGCACCAUCCAGAACUUCGACUCGCUCGGCUUCCCGCCCGACCACGUCGGCCGCGCCCGCUCCGACACCUACUACAUCAACGAGACCACGCUCCUGCGCACCCACACCUCUGCCCACCAGGCCGAUACCUUCCGCGCCAGCGCCUCGGACGGCUACCUGAUCAGCGCCGACGUCUACCGCCGCGACGAGGUCGACCGCAGCCACUACCCCGUCUUCCACCAGAUGGAGGGCGCCCGCGUGUGGGACCGCACCAAGGUUCCCAACGGCGACGUCGUGGCCGCCAUCUACGCCGACCUGGCCAAGCUGCCCACGCACGACGUCAAGGUCGAGGACCCCAACCCGCCGCACCACCCGGAGCGCAACCCGCUGCAGAGCGAGCACCAUACCCCCGAGGAGGCCGAGGCCGUCGCCGCCCACCUCAAGCGCUCGCUCGAGCUCAUGGUCGUCGAGAUCUUCACCCGCGCCAAGCAGGCCGCCGCUCGCCAGGAUCCCAACUACGUCGACGAGCCGCUGCGCGUUCGCUGGGUUGAAGCCUACUUCCCUUUUACGUCCCCCUCUUGGGAACUCGAGGUGUACUACCAGGGUGACUGGCUCGAGGUGCUGGGUUGUGGUGUCUGCAAGCAGGAGCUGUUCAUCAAUGCGGACCAGCCGCAGCAGCUCGGCUGGGCGUUCGGCAUCGGUCUCGAGCGCAUUGCCAUGCUUCUGUUCCAGAUCCCCGACAUCCGUCUGUUCUGGUCCAAGGAUGAGCGCUUCUUGAGCCAGUUCACUGGUGUGCAGGAUGGCCUUGAUAAGCUGAAGCGGUUCGUCCCCUUCUCCAAGUAUCCGGCUUGCUGGAAGGAUGUGUCUUUCUGGCUGCGGUCGACGUCCGCGGCGGGUGGAAACACUGCCGUGGCCAAUGUGCAUGACUUCCACGAGAAUGACUUGAUGGAGGUGGUGCGCGAUGUUGCCGGUGAUGUGGUGGAAGACGUCCAGCUGAAGGACCAGUUCACCCAUCCCAAGACGGGAAGAAAGAGCAUGUGCUAUAGAAUCAACUAUAGGAGCUUGGAGAAGACCCUGACGAACGAGGAGGCGAACGACUUCCACGAGCGGGUAAGGCAGGGUUUGGUGGAGAAGCUUGGUGUUGAGCUUAGGUAGACAGGACGUAGCAGAGACGAUCGAGUGUAUGAUACGGUAGGUGUAGUUGAUGCGUUUAUGUGGAAGAUCAUGGCCAUGAUAUAUGACUUCUUCUCCUCUGUCGGGAGAGCUCUUGUUAUGUACGGUAUCCAAAACGUACUGCCUCGAAGAGACGACCAUUUCCCAACCUCUUGAUAGUCUCCCACCCAUAUCAUAGCAUGAGCUUCUAGCCCACAAACAAAACGCUUCGCCUGCUCCCACAAACCAAACAACCAAACCAACCCAAUCUUACAACCCAAUCCUCAAGACAUCUCCUUCUUCUUUUCA